AUACUGUCAGCAAUGGCACCACAUGGAAGAAAAAUGUCAAAAGGCCUGAGAAAGAAAAUAAUUUCUUUACACAAGAAAGGUGAAGGCUAUAGGAAGAUCAGUAAAGCUUUACUUAUCAGUCAGAAUACUGUAGCAAAAGUGAUACACAAAUUUAACAAAGAUAGAACUGCAACCAUCUCACAGAGACAUUCAGGCCAUCCACAGCAGUUAACACCUUGACAGGAGCGUCUUCUGAUGAGAAGGGUUGAAGAAAAUUGGCAUGCAAGUUCACUGCAGUUAGCUAAAGAAGUAGAAAGUCAAACUGGGGUGAUUGUUUCCAGUGACACAAUACGGCAUACACUUCAGAGGAAUGGCAUGCAUGGGUGUCAUCCAUGAAGAAAGCCUCUCCUAAAGCUUAUGCAUAAAAACGUCUGCCUAGAAUUUGCCAGGGCUCAUGCUGA